AUGUCUGCUACCACAACGCCGCGAGUCCGGCGGGUGGGGCCUUCCUCAAUCAGCGGGCCGUUCUAUUUUGUCUCCGGUCAGUUUGCUGGCCGCACUCUCCGUGCAGAACUAGAGGAACUGCAGAAGGCGGAUCUCGGUCGCAAAUAUGCUCGAAAGGACAGGCGACCUCUUGAUCCACCACCCGUCGUGCAGAUGCGCUUGUUUGAGAUUCUAAAUGCCGGCACUCCGAGGGAAACGGAAACGGAAUUUGACAAUUUUGAGCAAGUGGACCACAGCAUCCUCUGUCACGCCGAUCUCUUCCCGGUCCCUGGACACAGCUGCGGAGACGAAGGAGGAGGCGAAAGAGAAGGAGAAGGAGUACAAGUACAGGCAAGUAUUGGCGAAGAUGAGGGCGAGUCUUCGACUGCGGUGUCGGCUUUGACUCACUCAGCGUCGAGAUCUCGCCCUAAUGCACCAGUCGACCCUUCCUCACAGUCGCCCACUCUCCCAUCCCCACCCCACUUCCCACUCUCUGUAGCGAGUUAUGCCAGCACUCCUUCUGCGCCAGUGGCGUCCCACGGCAACUCAUUGUGGACUUAUGGAACUUUUAACACGCUCCCGUCAUUCCCUUCAGGGUUACGAUAUUCGAAUUCUGCCACAGCAAAUGGCUAUGUAUCACCAAGCCUCCACGCGGGGAACAUCCCGGUACGGGCAUUUACAUCAUCAUUGAGUCAAGCGCUCUCAAUUCCAGCACAAGCUCUGCCUGUGUCAACAGCACCUCUUACUUCCUCCAUUCCCACUUCUCUAUCUCCAACGUCUUAUCAUUUCGCGCCGAUACCACAUCCUAUGUCAACAAUGCCCCGGACUCACCCUAUACCCAAUUCUGCGUCGAUGUCGGCUAGCUCUCAUUCAACACGAGAAUAUACCCCCCCGCUCCCAUUACGGACUCCUGGAGCACCAUCAAGUAGUCUUGAUCCUUCACUCAAAUCGAGUUCACCUGAUUUGCAUGGAGAGCCAGCUUCUCCCGCCGACAUAAUCAAUUCGGAUGUUGUUGCCUAUGUAGGAAAUUAUCCCAUUCGGGAAUCUUCCAAGUGCACACAAGCGCUUGCGGGUGCGACGUUCGUUCAUCAGUGUUUUGUCAUUUAUAUGCUGUACUAUAUUGGCAUCUCUCAUUCUGACCUCGCGGUGAAGGCUGAGGGAACGUUCCUUCUGCGCUAUCGUGUGUUCAGUAUAUUCGGCAAAGCUCGUGGAAACUCAGACAUUCCCAUCCUCGCUGAAUGCUACGGUGGACCAUUCAGGAUUUACUCAACGAAAGAGUUUCCUGGACUCCGCGCCUCGACCGAUCUCACCAAACAUAUCUCGUUAUUUGGAGUACGACUUAACCUCCGCGAAACUGAGCGCAAGAGGCGAAAGAAAUGCGAGAUUGAGGCAGAAAAGGCGUUAGCUGUGGCAAAUGCCUCUUCAACUCAUUCAGGAUCUCCAGCGACCUCGGCUUCUUCGGGAUCUGGUCGUGAUUCGUCCCGUACAAGGCGCGCUGAUGCCAGGCGUAAACGACGCCUUUAA